UUAUUUAGUUUAUAAUAUUUUCGCUUAGUAAUUCAUUCAAUAGUAUUUUCUAGUUAGAAUUAGAAGUGUUUAAAGUGUAUUCAUUGCAUGUAAAAUAUAUCGGCAUGCGAUGACGUCACAUCCGGUUUCGCCGCGUCUUGUGGGAAAACACCGGUUUGAAAUUAGCGCGAGGGUGGGGGCUUUCCACGAGGCUCACCUGAGCACAAGCAGUUUGCAGGCAUGAGAAAUCACAGUGAGAGCAACGCUUUUUCACCAUAUGUUAAUGUGAAGAGUGAACAGUAAAUGGUUAAUCUUACUGCGAUCUGGUUCUUAUUAACUGUGGUUUAUCCGGACGUUAAAUUCGGCGUUUCGUUACACCCGAAGGAGAACGUGACAGUGAAAAAGCGGCAUUAUCAGGUGUUUCAAGUGCUGCAAUGUCAGCUCAAUCCAGCAUCAAGUCGACGCCGCCCAGCGACAGGGGCAGUAAACCGACAUCAAGUAAGCCCACCCGGGCGUUAUCAGGUGUUCCAAGUGCUGCAAUGUCAGCUCGAUCCGGGAUCAAGUCGAUGGCGCCCAGCGACAAGGGCAGUAGAACGACAUCAAGUAAGUCCGCACAGGCAAGAGCCAAGGCAGAAGCCGCCAAGGUGCGACUGCAUUACGCCAAACAAGAAGCAGUUUUGAAAAUUAAACUGGCUGCCAGAGAAGCCGAAAGGGCCGCCAGAAAGGCAGAAGCCGCCAAGGUGCUACUGAGUUACGCCAGACAAGAAGCAGUUUUGAAAAUGAAACUGGCCACCAGAGAAGCCGAAAUCCAGAAAGAAAGGGCCGCCAGAGAAGCCGAAAGGGCCGCCAGACAAAGAGAAGAGGCUGCCAGAGAAGCCGAAAUCCAGAAAGAAAGGGCCGCCAGACAAAGAGAAGAGGCUGCCAGAGAAGCCGAAAUCCAGAAAGAAAGGGCCGCCAGAGAAGCCGAAAGGGCCGCCAGACAAAGAGAAGAGGCUGCCAGAGAAGCCGAAAUCCAAAGAGAACAGGCCGCCAGAGAAGCCGAAAUCCAGAAAGAAGAGGCCGCCAGAGAAGCCGAAACCCAGUUGGAAAUGGCAAAAAUAUCGACAGAGUUGCAAGUGCUGCAGCUAGAAAGAGAAGAAGAAGCAGCCAUGGCGGAAGCAAAGUACAUAGAAGAAGCUGAGGGGUCGCGUGAUUUGACCGAAGUAAGAUCUACUUUAGAAGGGACCAGACUGGAGCGCACAAGCGACUAUGUACAAUCUCAAAUAGACAGGCAGGCUCGUCUCCCCUCUCCAUACGUAUUCGAUAACUUCCCCAGCUACGAGGAACCUCAGAGAGUCACGAUUGCAUCACAUCCAUACGAGGAAGGAAAUUUACCCUCACGGCUCCGUGAUGAAGUCAAGAAUGAAAGAACCGACAACGCUCCUUCACCCCCACAACAGGACGGCGGGGAGGGAGAGGUUCACUCCAGGACAACAAUUGUCAGCUCGAACUGUACAGAAGUUUGCGGUCAAACUCAGUCAAGCCGUUCUUGUUCCGAGAUCUGCCUCACUGAGGUGUACCCUAAAGAAGCACAACAAGACAUUACCAAGCGUAAAGUAACCGACGAGACGCUAGGUCAGUCAGUUUUCAUUCAAACCGAGGAUGACAACAAACUUGCACAAUCAGCUCAAGAUACCAUUUCUUUAAAAACCAAAGACACCAAGGUCUUCAGAGAUGAAGCAAAUAAUGGGGUUGCCCCAUUGCCUUUCAGAGAACCACGCCAGCGCUCACCAGAUAACAAAGAGCAGGCAGUCAAACGGUUCACGUCCUUACGGAAAACCUGGAAAAGGAAACCUGAGAUACAGCAACGCACCCGAUUGGCCCACGAGGUACUGUGCACCCUAAUGGCACAGGUCACAGCCAUUAUAAACGCACAAUCAUUCCUACCUGUGUCUUCUGACCCAGAAAACCCCUUUAUACUUUCGCCAUCAACGCUCCUUACGCAGAAGGCAGGAGCACCUCCUCCACCAGGAGACUUCUCAGACAAGGAUUUGUACACAAAGCAAUGGAGACAAGUCCAGGCUCUGGCAAAUCAGUUUUGGUCCCGCUGGAGACAAAAAUAUCUACCUUCGUUGCAACAGAGACAAAAGUGGACAGAACCCCGAAGGAAUCUUCAAGUUGAAGACUUAGUCCUGCUCAGGGACAAGCAGAUCACCCGCAACAGCUGGCCAAUGGCCAGAAUCACUGCUACAUUCCCUAGCGAGGAUGGACAUGUCAGGAAGAUCGAAUUGAAGACUACCGACCAAGGCGAUGUGAAAAUUUACCAAAGGCCAGUUACAGAAGUUAUUCUACUUCUACCCAAUGACUGAUUAAGAGACUAAGUUUUGUACUCUGCUCAUUGUGACCUUACGAAGGUCAAGCGGGGAGUGUGCUGUCUUUACGACAGUUAUUUAGUUUAUAAUAUUUUCGCUUAGUAAUUCAUUCAAUAGUAUUUUCUAGUUAGAAUUAGAAGUGUUUAAAGUGUAUUCAUUGCAUGUAAACUAUAUCGGCAUGCGAUGACGUCACAUCCGGUUUCGCCGCGUCUUGUGGGAAAACACCGGUUUGAAAUUAGCGCGAGGGUGGGGGCUUUCCACGAGGCUCACCUGAGCACAAGCAGUUUGCAGGCAUGAGAAAUCACAGUGAGAGCAACGCUGUAAGUUAAUAGAUAAUCGAUAUAUUGAACUAAGAUGUUAAUGCUGAUCCUGUUAGAGGUAACGACGGUAGAUAAUGUUUAUGCUUUCGUUAGUUAAAGAGUCGCGGAUAGUUUGCAUGGAAGUGUAUUUAAAGUAGUCAAUGGAGCAGGUAAACUCUCCCUGUAUACUGCACCUUAGUGUAAUGUAGUUAUAGUCACCUUUGCAAGUAUUUACACUUGAAAUGUGAUAUUAAGGAAGGAACAAAUACUGUAUCAAUCUUGUAUUG